AUGUCUGACUUAUUUGAGAUAUACGAGUCCGAUUUCCAGCUCGCAUUGCAAGAGGCCAAGUCAAACUUGGCCCAGGCAUCUUCUGCAAACGGAGAACAACGGAAGAAUCAUUUACGAGCCAUCGAAUCCGCCACCGAUGAGGGGUUGGAAGUGUUGGAGCAAAUGGGAAUAGAGGUGCAGAACUUACCCAGCAACCAAAGAUCGUCAUACAAUGCCAAGAUACGCCAGUACAAAUCCCAGAUCGAUGACAGUAAGGCGGAAUUGAAGCAUUUGCUAGACGACCAAGACAGAAACGAGUUAUUUGGCAGCAGGUACCGAGACGAGGAGUCCGGAGGGUUACACGAUGACCAGCGCCGCCAGCUCUUGAACAACAACUCGUCGUUGGAUAGAUCCUCGCAAAGAUUGCAGGACAGUCAGCGGAUCGCAUUGGAAACCGAGUCCAUUGGAGGAAACAUCCUCAACGACUUGAGGUCUCAAAGGGAGCAGAUCAGCGGAGCUAGAAACACGCUCCUGACUGCAGACAAUUACGUGGACAAGUCGAUGAGAACGUUGAAGUCGAUGAGCAGGAGGUUGACUGCCAACAAGUUCAUCAGCUACGCCAUUAUCGCAGUGUUGAUUUUGUUGAUUUUCUUGGUGCUUGCCAGCAAGUUCUGGUAG